AUGACCGAGUUAAGCUUCAUCAACAAACCCCAGUCACAACCGAUCAAAUACAAGUCCAUUGUUGACGUUUUCAAUGAGAAUGCGAGCGAGUUUCCGGAGAAGGAAAUAUGCAUCCAGCGUUUCCCUGACGGAUCUCGGCGUCCGAUAACCUACAGCGACCUGAAGAGGAAGGCAGUGAAGACUGCUUCGUACCUGGUGGGUCAAGGUAUUAAAGUAGGAGAUAAAAUAGGAAUCGCGGGUCCUAACUCUAUAGAAUGGAUCAUCGGGGAGCUAGCUAUCAUCAUGGCCGGUGCCGUUAGUGUUCAUCUGCCAAUGUUUGAUGGGAAUUUCCGGAAGACCCUCGAAGGAAUACAGAUUUCAGAAUGUAAGUCAGUUCUACUUGAUCCAGAGAAUGACGUCAAGUUUUUAGAAGACGUCGAAGAAUAUGUAAGCAACAAUCCUUCAAAUGAAAGAAGUGGAUCGAAGAACCUGGUCUUUGUCCUACUCCGGAAGAUUGGGAAAUCUUUCCUACCUGAUUUGGAAUCAAUGGAAAUAUCAGAUGAACAUCAGCCAGAGCCACAACUUCCUCGAAUCUUUCCGGAGACCCCCGCCAUUAUUUUCAUGACAUCUGGUUCAACAGGAAAGCCUAAAAUGGUCGAAUGUACACAUUUAGCAUUAGUUAACACGGGAUCCGCUAACAUGUUCACUCGCGGUGUCGGCGGGAAAGGAGAAUCAUACUUCAACGAUCGACCUUUCUCCUGGAUCGGAGGUAGUAUUAUAUACUGUCUACUACAGGCGGACACUAGAGUGUUUCGGGAUGGAAGGAUAACUGCGAAAGGAGGCGAUAUUAUGGACCUCUGGAAUAUCAUCAUGGAAGAAAAAUGCACCAGUGGUCUUUUCCUGCCUUUCACCAUCUAUGAUAUGCUGCAGAACAAAGAUAAAAUCGCCAAGACAGGAUACCGAAUGAAAUCCGUCAUCACUGGAGGUCAAAUAAUUAAACGUAAAGAGACAGGAAUUCUAGGCGAGGUUUGUGAAAGCUUGUACAUGUUGUAUGGGUCAACAGAGGUAGGCAUAGUGACUUACUGUCAAAUAGACAGCCUCGUGGAAACUGGAAGUAUUGGGUCUGUUUUACCCGGAGUUCAAAUAAAAGUCGUUGGUGAAGAUUUGAACACGGUUGUUCGUGGAGAAAUGGGUACACUUUAUAUAAAAUCACCUUGGAUGUUGAAAGGAUACUUCAACGCAACAGAAGAUCAAAAUAAAUCCAUUGUAGACGGCUGGAUGAAUACAGGAGACGUCGGGAUUCUAAGGACUGACGGACAACUCAUAAUCAAAGGGAAAAUGAACAACAUCAUCAAACGAGGCACUUUAAAGGUGGUAUCUGGGGAGGUUGAAGAAUGCAUAGCCACAAUUGCAGGUGUGAAAGAUGCUGUUGUCAUCGCAGUUCCAGAUCCCCGUUUGUAUGAAGAGGUUUGCGCAUGCGUUGUGUUAGAUAAACAUACCUCAGUUACCAUACAGGAUGUUCGGACUCGCUGCGCAGAAAACCUUGGGGACAAUAUCGUAGGACAAGCCCCUACUUUUUACCUCGAGUUUGACACACUGCCACAACUAGGAACGGGAAAACCGGACAAGGUCAAAAUUAAACAGGACGUAAUGAGCAGAUUGGGCAUCAGUACUCAGUAAACUGUUCACGACAGGAAGAGACAUUUUCUUUGACAUAAUUUGGAUAAAUAGUUUUAUUAAUGGGCCUUUAGGUCGAGUAGGACCGUGUACCCUAAUUAUAGGCGUGAUAUAGAUGAUGAAAUUAUCAAGAUCAUAUACUUAAUCAGGUCCAAACCAGAUAACAGAUUUUCUAUUUUACGAGGUAAGCUUUUAUUUUGCAUUGUUGGUAUAUUAAUUUGUAUGGUUUGUAAAAGCUGCUACUUUAGAAAUUUUGAAUGAGGGAAACAGUGGAUUUGUAUUAACUACAUUUGUAUGGUGAUUGUCAGCCCCUACGAUUUGACGAUUUCAUCUAUUGUUCUUUGUUAGAAUUGUGUACAAUUGUAUACAUGUUGAUGAUGUUGCUUUUGUAACUCGUCAAAGAUAUGAUAUUCAUUGCCGGUUGUUGCGGGUGGACGUUAAGGCCAUAGAUGUAAAUGUUAAGAUCAGAGAUGUGGAUGUUGAUGUCAUGCAUGUAGAUAUUAAGGUCAUACCAAGUCUGUGUCUUUGUCAUAACCCAAGAGUAGGAUCACGUGCGUUUGAUGUUUUUGAUAAAAGCGACAUAAUCAAAGUUGUGACAUUGAUGUCGAACUCCCAAGAUAAAAUACAUUGUUAUAUAUCAUAUAGAUAUCAUUAGCCAUCACAUAAAUAUCCGGAUUCUGUCAGUUUUGUAUGUUACCGUAUUGUGUGACGUAACUUUUGUACAUCUCCGGAAGUUGUUUUUAUACUUAGGUAGUUGAACAAAUGGUUGAACUCCAACCACGUGUUUGCCGAUUCUCUCAAUCAAAUAACUAUCACAAACCAAACUACUUCCCCAUACACACAACGUAACUAGACCUUCGUUCCAUCAACGUGACUCAACUUUACUGAUAUUUUCCCAUAGGAAAGCAUUACAGAAUUGAGAGAAGGUUGCUUACUGAGAUAUUAUCCUUAAAUGAUGUCAUGAUUUCCUAGAAAAAUUAAAGUUAAGGGAUUUCCUUAAGUUUAAGAACAUUGAUGAAUGCGCAUGCGUAUCUGCGUGUUUACGUCAGCUGAGCCACGAACAUGAAUGUGUAGCGUCCUAACGGAGAGAUCU